AUGCACAUCUACCAACAUCUCAUAAUUUUAUUCUUCCCACCUGUUUGUGAUGUCCACCCUUCCCUCACGCUGAAGACUGCCGUUGUACAUACUUGCGACGGUCAGGAUGGCGCACUGUCUGAUUCCCUCGCAGCCUGCGAGAUUACUCGAGACACAGAUGCGGGCCACGCACGAUUUGCCGAAUACACAACAAGCGAGACGGUCUCUGACCUCGACGAUGCUGUACAGUAUUUUCAGUCGGUUCUGGACAAGUGUCCGGUCGGCCCACGCAACGACUCUCACCAACCCUCAUCAUGUUCCCUUGCCGUCUAUCGCUCUCGCCGAUCUGAAGGUUCUCAAGGAUCGCUUCACCAGGGCAAUACGACACGCAUCUCGAAUGAACUGAGGACAGAUCUGAUACACGUCCUCAAACUAAAGCGUCGCCCUCGAAUCUGGUUAUGUCCAACUGCAGCUUUCACGUCCAUUCCUCUCCAUGCAGCUAACCCCUUUGCAGAUCGCUCUAAGGAGCCAUGCAUGGGGGAUCUCUACAUCUGCUCUUACACACCAACACUUUCCACUCUGAUCAAAUCUAGACGGAUGAAGAAGAAGUGUGUGCCUCCGUCCUUCGACAAGGUCAACCAGGUGCAGGGAAAGGCAAGGCGUUAUUGGCUGUCGACAGCGAGCUCGAGCUUGUCCAUAAGCUCGUCUCUGCGACGGCGAAUCAUACCACUAUUUCUGGCGACGCAGCCACACGAGCAGCAAGCAGGAUCUACGUACAAUUCGCAUUUCGUCAUGAGAGACGAACAUCUGACCCUGCUCGAUAUCAUGGACAAAGAUAUUUCGCACGCCGAAUUCGCAUUUUUGUCUGCGUGUCAUACCGCCGUGGGGGAUGAAGAGACACCCGACGAAGUCAUUCACCAGUGCGGGGGUCGACUGAUGCCGUCGCAAAACACGUCGAAGCUUUCCUACAAAUAUAUGUCCAAGGAUUUGGAGGAUGGUGGCGUCAUGGACUGUACAAAGGCGGCUUGGGCACUCGACUGUGCUACACACGCUGUGAAGACGAAAGUGCCGCUCGAGCAGUGGAUGGUUUUUAUUCAUAUCGGUGUGUAG